ACAUUCAACUCACCACACCUAUCGUGUUAUCAUCGUUUACAGAUGGCGACCUCCGUCUGGUGGCAGGGGGCGACUCCGCCCAAGGCCAAGUCGAGAUCAACUACCAGGGAGUUUGGGGCACCGUGUGCGACACCGACUGGACCAUCAAGGAUGCCACGGUAGUCUGCAGACAGCUAGGCUUCAAACCAGCUCGGGCCUCCCUCUCCUACUCCUACUUCCUAGACGCGGACUCCAUCAAUCCUAUCUUCUUCGAUAACGUGGAGUGCGAGGGUUCGGAGGCUAAGCUGGAGGAUUGCGUUCACUCCUGGAGGGGUGGGGCUUGCCAACACGUCGAGGAUGUUGGGGUUAUCUGUGGAGCUCCUUUUGUGUUCAAGCCAGUCACUACGGAAGACGGUCGAGUCCGCCUUAUUGGUGGCACCUACCCUCAUAAUGGGCGUGUCGAAAUCAAAUACCAGGGGGAGUGGGGAACCGUGUGCGACCAAGGAUGGAACAUGGAGGGGGCAAACGUGGUGUGCCGUCAGCUGGGCUACCUCUCAGCGGAUAGCGCCCUCCCGAGGGCGUUCUUCGGUGAAGGGUCAGGGGUCAUUCAUUUGGACCAGGUUACGUGCGAGGGCAGGGAGUCCGAGUUGGCGUUCUGCAAUCACGCCAGGUGGGGCGAGAAUCAGUGCGAGCAUGGGCAGGACACCAGCGUGGUGUGCACUGCCCCGCUGCCGAAAGGAGUGAUGCCAGAUGGCUCCGUUCGGUUAGUUGGCGGCGAAGCAGCCAAUCUGGCGGGCCGACUACAGGUGGUUUACCAAGGAGUUUGGGGCACAGUCUGCAGAGACAACUGGCUCGACAUCAACAGCGAUGUAGCCUGCAAACAGCUUGGCUACAGGUCCGCCCACCCAGCCAGACCCGCCUACGAUGAUCCCGAUCAUGGCUCCUCUUCACCCAUCAUGCUUAGUGAGGUCAGCUGCUCUGGGGACGAGGAGCGUUUGGUAGACUGCUCCCACGGCGGUUGGGCCGUGAGUAACUGCACUCACGACGGGGAUGUUGGGAUAACUUGCAUGGAUACCAGACCUACAACCCCGGGCCCAGAAACUACAAGUAGGCCUGUCGACGUCAUUACUACAGUCAAACCCGCUAUCGCAAGUCCUACUUUUGGCAAAUCAACCGUGAAUGCCCCAUCUCCCCCACCAACUCCUCAUACAGACGCUCCAGUAUUCACAGCCAAUUCCUGUCCGUCACCAAUAUCUCGUGUGGCUGAACCGCGAAGCAUGGUAACCAUGGUAACAUGGACUGAUCCUACAGCCACUGACAAUGUUGCUCCUACUUUGGAAUGCACACCGGCCUCAGGAACAAACUUCAUGAUUGGUCCGACACCUGUCACAUGUACAGCAACAGAUGCUGUUGGAAAUGAGGCCACACCUGAAUGUACAUUUACUGUGACUGUUACAGUUCCUGCAAAACCCCUUCCUCUGGUCGUGUCUGACAAUUCGACGAAUCAUAUCACCGAGACCACAAUCAAAUUGAGAAUAGCACCAGUGAGUCAAAGAAAUGGGCCUGUCAGUUGCGUGGAGGUGACGGUGAUUCGGCUGACUGACGAGGAGGGAAUUGAAGGAAAGGAUCCAGACGUUUUGUAUCAUCCUGAUCUCCUUCGUAGCUUCGAUAAAGCACAGGAAUCGACAGGUUUACCAUACGUAGCCAUGGUGUUUAAAGCAAAUGACUUGAGCGAAUCUGCCGAGAUUGAAAUCGGGAGCAGUGGGAAGUCUUCAUGUGGUGGCUCCAGACGUAAGAAGAGGCAGAUGCUACCGAGUCAUUCGGGUGAAAACGGCCCUCUCAUUCCCAAGACCAAAUACACAGCGUUCAUACGAGCAUACGUCAUCUUGGACAAUCAAAUGGAGGAUUACAUCACUAGUCCACUGCUUAAGCCUGUGUGGACCGACCCUUCCGGAACGGGAAACACUGCAGUAAUUGCAGUGGUUAGUGUAGUAAGCACAACACUCAUCAUUGCAUUGAUUGCAUGUGGUGUAAGGGUGUGGAUACGGAGGAAGAAACGAAGAAACAAGUACAGCCCACCGAAAAGGACAUCCAUAAAAAUGGAUCGCAUCGACUAUGAUGACGUGAGUCUUCCUGAGGACGGCAUGACAUCCACAGUCUACGAGGACGUUGGCCUGCCAUCGUGGGCCCUGCGAUGGGAGAUUCUCUGGAAGAACCUGGUGGUUGAUGACAAAGUCCUCGGUCAAGGGAACUUUGGUGAAGUGAGAUCAGGAACUGUGAACAUCGGCGGGAGGAUGACCAAAACCGCUAUUAAAAUACUGAAAGGUCACGCCUCGAAAACUGACCGGGAAGAUUUCAUGGAAGAAUUUCGUACAAUGACCAACAUCGGAUAUCAUCCCAAUGUUGUGUCGUUGCUGGGGGCUUGCCAGCAUGAAGAUGUUCUGUACGUGGCCCUAGAGUAUCUCCCAAACGGCGAUCUGCGCAGCUAUCUGCGCACGGCUCGCUCACAAUCGGAGUCAGACGAGGGCGCCCUCUCCUCCGAGAUGCUGAUCAAGUUUGCCCUGGAUGUUGCCAAGGGAAUGAAUCACCUCUCUUUGUCCGGGGUAAUUCAUCGUGAUUUGGCGGCCAGAAACAUCUUGCUCGGUGAGCAAUUGGUCGCCAAAGUCUCAGAUUUUGGGCUUUCGAGAGGAGAGGAUACUUAUGUCCAGACGUCUACGCGCCGUGUGCCUACCCGUUGGUUGGCCAUUGAGUCUUUGCUGGAUCGCACCUACACAACUCAAAGUGACGUGUGGUCCUUUGGCAUUCUCCUUUGGGAAAUCGCUUCAAUUGGAGGCACACCAUACCCAGCCAUUACUACCAGGUCCCUAGUAGGUCGGCUGAUGGAAGGAUACCGCAUGACUAAACCUGCCAACUGCGAUAAGCAAAUCUACUCCUUGAUGCUUCGUUGCUGGGAGGAGGACCCUAGCAACAGACCCUCCUUCAGUGAUCUGAUCCGCAUCCUCAGCAAGAUGGAUGAGAAUAAGAUUGAACAGACGUACAUGGCGAUCGAUCGCGCUCACUAUGAGAACUUCUGCGUGAUCCGCCCGGAGCUUGACGACAACUAGACGGAUGUACGAAGUCCAGGGGCGUAAAUCCCGGGUAUUUUAAGGUAUUUUUCGAACAUCCCAACAACUAAAAUGUAUUAAAUAGUACUGAAAAAUGUAGAAACAAAGUACACAAGCUUUAUAAUGCGCCGUUUUGAUGUAAGCGCGACUAUACACAUUGAUAUGCAUUAUCCUUAAGAGCGCCCCCUAUUGUAAUGUGAUGUCCAGCCCCCCCCCCCCCUCCCCUGCAUUUGAAUUUCCACGGCCGAACAAUUUUAGGAUGUUGGUCAUCCCCCAUCUCCCCCCCCCCCCUCACUUGC